AUGCAGCAACUUGAAGGUGACGUCAGCAACCCUUGCCUCCGGGUGGUUCGCUUAUCCGGAGAGUUGCUGGAAGUUCCUCUCACCCGUCAUGAAGCAAACAAGAUUGUGAGCGUCAGAGACCUGAAGCGAUGCCUUGCCAAAAAUGAUACCAUGAUAUGCCGUAUUCCUGGAUCACCCUUUCUGAUCUGUCGGAUAUGGCUUAUCCACGACACUCCACUCCAAGACGACCACCUGUUGGAAUGGCAGUGGUUCGAACAAGGUUCGCUUCAGUACGUGGUGAAGGAUGUGAUGUCGUCUGCUCUUGAAGAACUCUUCCCUGGUGACUUGAUCUUUUGCUACCAAGACCUAGAAGAAUUGCUGAACCCAAGACUCCUCAUCAGCUACAUUUGCAAGAUAUGGAAACAGCGAGGUCAAGCCUUUUGUGAGCACGUCUUCACUUCCUGGAAAUCGGCCAUUCUGAGCCUUCCGCGUGAGGUUCAUUCGUCGGCAACGCUUCACCGUUGCUUGGACCUUCUUGAGGGACUGGACGAAGCGGAAGAGUUAAUGAGGGCAGAAUAUCCCGAGACCUUCAGCAAGGGCUUCUAUGAGAAGCGCUGGCUGGUUGAUAAUUUGGAGGCCUUUCUUCACAAGACAUUCGCCUCAAUGACCAUUGAACUUGUCAGGCAAAAAGUGGAUGUUGAAACAGUGGAACAAACCUUCCACUACAUUGAUCAUGGAGAAAAGGCAAAGAGUGAUCUAUGGAAACUUGUGCAGGGGCAUCCGCGCUGCUGCUCUGUGGGUCUUCGUUUUGGCCUUGGAGCAGAUUUGAUGAUGGCACUGAUCGAGAAAGGACUUCCAAGAUGGUGUUGGGCAGGCCACUCGGACUUCUACGAGGACAACCUCCUGCAGCACAUCAUGGCUCCAGUGGCCGCAGUACCAGGGGACUGGGACCCACAAGAAGGGGGAGCUAAAGCAAGACUUUGCACAUUCUUAGCCGAAAGAUUCAGCUUGAAAGAGUUGUGCUAUCAAAACAGGGACUUCAAGAAUGCGCUUUGGUAUGUGCUGCAAUACUGUGAAAACUCUCCGUUUCAGGCAGAUCCUCUAUGGGUUCGAGUUCGUGAUGUGAUCAGGGAGCGGAUGCAAAGGCAGGUGAGGGAGUUCCAGGGCAGCUUGCUUGCCUUGGUUGACCUGGCUCGGUCGGUCCGAUCAAGUUCAGGUUGUGGUCUCGAUCCGCUGGAUUAUCUCCCAGCUUUUGAAGAGCAGAUGUGGCAGCGAGCUUCCAUCAUUCGCGACGAGUGGUUGAGGGAAAUCAAGUUGGCGGAUUUCAACAAAGAACAUGACCGACUGGCAGCAUGUGACGUCAGCAACCCUUGCCUCCGGGUGGUUCGCUUAUCCGGAGAGUUGCUGGAAGUUCCUCUCACCCGUCAUGAAGCAAACAAGAUUGUGAGCGUCACAGACUUGAAGCGAUGCCUUGCCAAAAAUGAUACCAUGAUAUGCCGUACUCCUGGAACACCCUUCUCUGUCCAUUGGAUUCGGCUCAUUCACAUGGAUGCCAGCACCGCUAGCACGGAACUCCAGGAUGAUGACCCUGUCAACCCUGAGACUUGGGAAUGGUUGGAACAAGGUUCGCUUCAGUACAUGCUUGCUGAUGUGUUAUUGCUUUCUCCGGAAGAACUUCCUGCUAUUGAUGACUUGACAUUGUCUUACGAGAAUUUGGAAGAAUUGCUGGAUCCCAAGCUGCUCAUCGGCUACGCCUUCAAACUGUGCAAGCACGGAGGCCAGGCCUGGUGCGAAAAUGUCUUCACUCUUUGGACUUCAGCUUUGCUGAGUCUUUCAAGCAAUCAGGUGAAUGCAAUGGAAGGCCAUAUCGGCCCAACACUUCUUCAUCGUUGUUUGCGCCUUCUCCAAGGACUCCAUGAAGCAGACGACUUGAUGCGCGCUGCUGAUCCAGAUUUCGCCAACCGCGGGCCUCGCAGCUAUGAGGACUUCUACGACAAGCUUUGGCCGGGUGACGCGUUUGAAGAUUUCCUCCACAAGACAUUCGCUUUAAUGACCAUCGAACUUGUUAGACAGAAAGCAGAUCCUCAAAGAGUGGAAGAAUCCUUCCUUCACAUGAACAAAGAAACGGUGAAAAGUGAUGUGUGGAAACUCGUGCAGGGGCAUUCCUGCGGCUGCAAUCGGCGCAGCUGUACCCGCAGUGCUUUGCGUUUUGGGCUUGGAGCAGACCUGCUGAUGGCAUUGAUCGAGAGAGGACUUCCAAGAUGCUGUUGGGCUGGUUGCUGGGGCCCCUUCAACGACAACCUACUGCAGCACAUCAUAGCUCCAGUGGCUGCAGAACCGUCAGGCUGGGAUCAAGAAGAAGCGGCAAAGGCAAGGCUGUGCAUAUUCCUGGCCGAAAGAUUCAGCUUGGAAGAGCUAUGCCAUCAAUCCACGGAUGGCAACAUUGCGCUUGGGCAUGUUGAGUCUUAUUGUGACAACGGCGUUUGGUUCGUAGAUCCCCUCUGGAUUCAAGUUCGUGAUGUGAUCAGGGAGCGGAUGCAAGCACAGGUGAGGGAAUUCCAGGGCAGCUUGCUUGCCUUGGUUGAACUGGUUCGGUCCGUCCGAGCAAGUUUUGGUGGUGGUCUUGAACCACUUCCAGCCUUUGAAGAGCAAAUGUGGCAGCGGGCCGCCAUCAUUCGGGAGGAGUGGUUGAGGAUGGGCUGGAGUUUUGCUCAAGACUGUGCCAACACCAGAUGGCGACGGCGAGAGAGAAGGAACCAAGUCUCAGAGGUUUUGAAUUGGCAUUUUUGCGCGGUGGGACAGGGCAUCGUUCGCUGA